AUGGCAAGUUGUAACUCUUAUGACGUCGAUGAUUAUAACACCAAUGGAACGGAAAACUUCCCGUACAAUUUAUCUCUAAAUCGUGCCACACCCGGAAGUAAUUGGAAAAAUUCCGGGGAAAGUGACCUCUUGGUGGAUCGCCUACGUCGUGCUAUGGGCGUUAUGCAACAUCACGAUGCAGUCACUGGAACAGAAAAGCAAGCGGUUGCUUAUGAUUACGCUCGCCUGUUAUCAGAUGGAGUGAAUGAAGGCGAAAAAGUGAUGGUCAAUGCUAUGAGCAAACUGCUGCCGAAUUUCCGUGAACUCAUCAUUAGUCAGGGUCUGUCCUUCUGUACUUACCUCAAUAUCAGUAUCUGUGAUGCCUUGGAAGCUGAAAUCCCUUAUGUGAAUGGGACCGGAUUCGGUGGGGUGUAUGUGAUGAUCUACAAUCCGACCGGUUGGCAUGUGAAAAACUCGUGGUUUCGAUUGCCCAUCUACGUUCCCAAUUUACGACCGGAAUUGGUGAACAUCAAACUGUACGAUUUGCGAACUGGUACUCAAAUUCCAAUGCCAUUUCAACUCGUCCCAAUAUCCACGCGUGUAAGAAGCAUCCCAGAGCGAAGAGUCUUCAAAUCGACAAGUAACAUGGAGUUGGUAUUCAGUGCUUCCGGUACAGGACUUGCGCUUCCUCCAGCUGGAUUUUCCAGCUACUUCCUUAAAAUAACCAAUGAACCUACCGUGCGACCACGUUUCCCAAUUUAUCAUGAACCUACUUGUUCCCAACUUUCUUACAUAUCGAAAACAAUGACGUAUAGAUUGCACGUAGCAGAUCAUGGUCCACGACCGGUUACCAUAAUGGCACUGCACAAGGAUGGGAAGUCAAAACUGAAUGUCACUAUGCAAAUGUUGUACUAUUACGGGGAAACGUCUGGGAUGCAAGCAUCUGGAGCAUAUGUGUUCCUUCCGAAAAUGAAGAACAUUAGCCAAACCUUCCCCGAUCCAAUGGUUAAGAGCUUUUCUGGCGAGUGCGUGGAAGAAGUUCACUUGCACUACAAUGUUUGGGCCACAUUAGUUGUUCGUCUGUAUAGAAACGGGGAAAUCGAGACCGACUGGAUUGUUGGACCGAUUCCAGAUCACCAUCUGCAGUUCAGCCGCGAAGUGAUUAUUCGUUAUCAGGUUACCGGAGAUGGGAUUGAUCCUAGCGUUUCAGGUGAGUUCUUCACGGAUUCCGCUGGAAGGCGAUUGAUUCGACGAGUAAGAAAUGAACGUCCGGAUUGGAACAUUAAUUACAGGUAUCAGGAGACGCAACCAGUGGCCGGAAACUACUACCCAGUAAUUAAUCGUAUAAUGUUGAAAGGAAGUCAACGAGAUGUGAGGCAUCCUCUUAAUUACUGGGAGCAGAACAAUCCGGCUAUGGGAUUCGCAGUAUACACAGACCGUGCACAAGGCGGUUCCAGUCUCCGGGACGGAGAGGUUGAACUCAUGGUUCAUAGACGUCUGAUAAAGGAUGAUGGAUAUGGUGUAGCCGAAGCACUGAUCGAAAACGGAAUUGACCGUCGAGGAUUGAUUGCACGUGGAACUCAUCGACUUCGUCUGGAUGAGUUGCAUGUUAUCGAACGGGAAGAUCAACAACUCGCCAGUAAGCUCGUCAGACCACCAAAAGUGAUUGUUGCACCGGCAAUCAGACCGCCGAACAAACAAGACACUUUACAAUGGAGUGCGCUGAACAAGGAGCUGCCGCCACAUAUUCACCUGCUCAGUAUGAUUGCUUGGCCACUGACACGAGCCACUGCAGAUCCAACGGAACCAGACCAAUUGUUGUUGCGAUUGGAACAUUUGGGAUCAGCGGGCACGUCAGGAGAUGAAGAUUUAGUUUUAACCUCUUUGUUCCGAGGGAUUCGCAUUACCGAUGCGCGUGAAGUCACGUUGACAGCCGAUCAAGAUAGAUUGGUUGCAUUACAUAAGAGAUUGCGUUGGCCCACGGAGCCAGUAUCUUGGCGACCAUAUUCUGCGAACGCCUUCCGUACGCGUGCAACGCAUGACAUCAUUGUCAGGCUGAAACCCAGCACUAUUUCCACUUUCCUACUGAGAUACGAGAUUGAUUGA